CUGGGGUCCGUCCUGGAGCCGACGACCUCCUUUGGUGAAGACCUACCUGGUUAUUUAAGAGGCCAGGCGGGCGCAUCCCUUUGCGUGAAAAUAACCGGUGUUUCCCGUGGGAGGUGUUUCGUGAAGGAGGAGGGGGACCUGGUGUCCAGGUUUGCUUGUAAAUGCCUCACGAGAAGACGGCCCAGAAUGAAGAAAGCGGGCAGGAGUGUCGGCUCAGCGCCUAAAGUGACCGGGGCCAGUCGAGCGCCAGCCGCAGAGAGAACCAAGCCCGAGGGCAGCAGCUCGGCGUCUGCCGGCGGCCGCGUCGUCAAACCCAACACCACGGCGUCCCUGUCGAAGACCAAGAGCAGUGAUGACCUCCUAGCUGGGAUGGCCGGAGGGGCCACCGCAACGAAUGGUGUGAAAGGGAAGAAGACCGCCUGCCCGCCGGCCGCCGUACCUGUGUCCGCCUCCACCAUGAGCACCGAGAGCAGAGCCAAGCUCGCCACAGGUACAGGGUCUUCGGCGAAGCGGAGCGCCUCCACGGGCAACAAGGAAUCCAGCUCCAGCAGAGAAAGGUUUCGGGAGCGCACUCGGCUCAGCCAGAACAAGAAACUCCCCUCCGUGGGCCAGGGCGCACACGACGCAGCCGUGGCCAAGCGCCCGCGCAGCCGCACUGCUGCCGAGGGCGACGUUCGCAUGAGCAAGUCCAAGUCGGACAACCAGAUCAGCGACAAAGCCGCCCUGGAGGCCAAAGUGAAGGACCUCCUGACGCUGGCCAAGACCAAAGACGUGGAGAUCCUGCACCUGCGGAAGGAGCUGCGAGUCAUGCGUGCUCAGCUGGGCCUCGGCGAGGAGCCGCCCGAGGGCGAGGAGCCGCCCCAGGAGAAGGAGGCGGCCCCUGCCCAUCAGCCGACGGACGUGGAGACCACGCUGCUGCAGCUGCAGGAACAGAACUCCGCCAUCCGGGACGAGCUCAGCCAGCUGAAGAGCGAGAACCGGAUGUUGAAGGACAGGCUCAACGCCCUGGGCUUCUCCCUGGAGCAGCGGCUGGACCCUGCCGAGAAGCUGUUCGGCUAUCAGUCCCUGAGCCCUGAGACGGCCCCCGGCCACCACAGCGACGGGGCCGGCACCCUGACGUCCUCCGUGGAGGGCUCCGUCCCGGGCUCCGUGGAGGACCUGCUGAGCCAGGACGAGAACACGCUCAUGGACCACCAGCACAGCAACUCCAUGGACAACCUGGACAGCGAGUGCAGCGAGGUCUACCAGCCGCUCACGUCCAGCGACGACGCCCUGGACGCGCCCUCCUCCUCUGAGUCGGAGGGCGUGCCGAGCACGGAGCGCUCGCGCCAGGGGAGCAGCGGGAACGCCAGCGAGGUGUCGGUGGCCUGCCUGACGGAGCGCAUCCACCAGAUGGAGGAGAACCAGCACAGCACGAGCGAGGAGCUGCAGGCCACGCUGCAGGAGCUGGCCGACCUGCAGCAGGUCACGCAGGAGCUCAACAGCGAGAACGAGCGGCUGGGCGAGGAGAAGCUCAUCCUGGUGGAGUCGCUGUGCCAGCAGAGCGACAAGCUGGAGCACUUCAGCCGGCAGGUCGAGUACCUGCGCUCCCUGCUCGACGAGCACCACAUCGCCUGCGUGCUGGACGACGACGUCAAGAGUGGCCGCUACCUGGAGCUGGAGCAGCGCUACGUGGACCUGGCCGAGAACGCCCGCUUCGAGCGCGAGCAGCUGCUGGGCGUGCAGCAGCACCUGAGCAACACCCUGAAGAUGGCGGAGCAGGACAACAAGGAGGCGCAGGAGAUGAUCGGGGCACUCAAGGAGCGCAGCCACCACCUGGAGCGGCUGGUGGAGUCGGAGCAGAAGGGCCGCGCCGCCCUGGCCGCCGCGCUGGAGGAGCACAAGAGCGCGGUGGCCAGCGACCAGAUCGAGAUGAACCGCCUCAAGGCCCAGCUGGAGAACGAGAAGCAGCGCGUGGCCGAGCUCUACUCCAUCCACCACGCCGGGGACAAAUCCGACAUCCAGGACCUGCUGGAGAGUGUCCGGCUGGACAAGGAGAAGGCCGAGGCCCUGGCUGGCAGCCUGCAGGAAGAGCUGGCGCACACGCGCAACGAGGCCAAUCGGCUGCAGGACACCGUCGCCAAGGUGGAGGACGAGUUCCGGGCCUUCCAGGGGGAGGCCAAGAAGCAGAUGGAGGAUCUGAACGUCACGCUGGAGAAGCUGCGGUCCGAGCUGGACGAGAAGGAGACCGAGCGCAGCGACAUGAAGGAGACCAUCUUCGAGCUGGAGGACGAGGUGGAGCAGCACCGGGCCGUGAAGCUCCAUGACAACCUGGCCAUCUCUGACCUGGAGAAUACAGUUAAAAAACUCCAGGACCAAAAACAUGACAUGGAGAGAGAGAUCAAGACGCUCCACAGGAGACUGCGGGUAGGGGACCCCGUGCCCGACCCCGUCCUAGGGUCCCCACAGGAGACUACAGGAGAUUACAGGCAGGGGACUCCUGUGCCCGACCCUCAGCCCAAGGGUCCCCACAGGCAGGAGGAAGAGCGAGGGCGUGUCUACAACUACAUGAACGCGGUGGAGAGAGACCUGGCCGCCUUGCGGCAAGGCAUGGGCCUGAGCCGGAGGUCCUCCACGUCCUCCGAGCCGGCCCCCACCGUCAAGACCCUCAUCAAGUCCUUCGACAGUGCCUCCCAAGUGCCAAGCCCCGCCGCUGCCGCCAUGCCUCGCACGCCUCUGAGCCCAAGCCCCAUGAAGACGCCGCCUGCUGCUGCUGUCUCCCCGAUGCAGAGGCACUCCAUCAGUGGACCCAUCUCCGCGCCCAAGCCCCUGACAACCCUGACGGAUAAGAGACCAAACUACGGGGAGAUCCCCGUCCAAGUGUCGCGGCGCAGCAGCGAAGAGAUGAAACGGGAUGUCUCGGCGCCCGAGGGCACGUCGCCAGCCUCGCUUAUGGCCAUGGGGACCACGUCGCCACAGCUCUCUCUCUCCUCCUCGCCCACGGCCUCUGUGACGCCCACCACACGGAGCCGGAUCAGGGAGGAACGCAAGGACCCUCUGUCCGCCUUGGCGAGAGAGUACGGGGGCUCAAAGCGGAAUGCCCUGCUGAAGUGGUGCCAGAAGAAAACAGAAGGCUACCAGAACAUUGACAUCACCAAUUUCAGCAGCAGCUGGAACGACGGACUAGCCUUCUGCGCUCUCCUACACACCUACUUGCCUGCCCACAUCCCCUACCAGGGGCUCAGCAGCCAGGACAAGAGACGGAACUUCACCCUGGCCUUCCAGGCAGCAGAGAGCGUGGGCAUCAAGUCCACACUGGACAUCGGUGAGAUGGUGCGGACGGAGCGGCCCGACUGGCAGAGUGUCAUGCUGUAUGUGACGGCCAUCUACAAGUACUUCGAGACCUGAGUGGCCCAAGCCUGCUGUGCCUGCAAACCGCACCCUCCGGAGUGGACACUGCCCUGACUCGGGCCCUCACAGCCAGGCCGAGGACUGACCCAUGCAGGAGUGGCACGAAGCCCAGUCAGGCCGUUUGGCAUCUGCAGGGUGGUUGCUCAAACAGCCCCUGCUUCACGGCCCCUGGGCUGGGCAGCCUCUGCCCUGUGCUGCUGCUGCUGCCCCUUACCACAUGACACGGCCUGCCCGCUAGCCAGUGGGGCUCUGGGGUGUGCAAACCCCCAUUGACCGGGUGGCAUCAUGCCUCUGGGCUCCUGCUGACGGCCUUCCCCUAGGGCCUAGGCCCCCCGCCUGCCCACCCACUUGGGCUGAGGUAUCCUCCCAAGACCUGCUGCUGAAGGCUUCUCAUCACAGUGACUUGCUGCGCAUCUGUCAGGGAGCAGGCACCAGGGUGAGCCUGUCUUCAACAGCACCGGAAGCAGCUCAGGGCUGGGCAGAGUGCAGAGAGGCCGGGAGGGUGGGUGGGAUCUGAGCAAGUGCCUUGACUUAUGGCAGCCCAAAGGUGAUGUCAGCCUCCCUCCCCAUCCCCGGUCUGCCGGGCUGGUGAGGACCAAGGCUCAGCUCGAGGUGUCUUGUGAAGUGGCUCUGGCCUGCGCAGUCACUUGGGGUCACGCUGUUCUGGGUGUGGACCGUUUGUGUGUGUGCCACGCCCGUGGACCAUGGCCUCUGGGCGGCCAGGCUGCCUACUGCCCUCCCACUGUCCGCCACAAAGGACCAGUGAGCAGCCAAGCACCAGAUCACCCAGUGACCACACAUCCCGCGACUCCCCAGACACCGAUCCCCAGAUGAAGCAAGCCCUCAUAGACUGACUCCACAGAUGGCGACCCCCAAGUGAAUCCCCCACAGACACCCCUUUCUACCGACGCAGCUGCCUGAGCCGCGCGGCUGUCCUGGAGUCACCGUCCACCAUGUGUCCGCACAGACCUCCACGUUCCUGCAGUCGCCCUCUGUGCCUUGCCAGGCCUGGACGGGCUGGCCCGGGGAAGCCCUGGGUGUUGGAGCAGGACUCUGGCCCCGUCUCACAGGCUUCACAGGACUGACCGAACCGCAGGAGUAUGCGUUAAGUGGUGGUGGCCCGGGAUGUGGCCACCGCUGCCCCAAGCAUGGCCAAGGCCAGCGCCUAUGGCUUCUGUGAAAUGUCCUUGAACAGCGAGAGCUGUCCAGGCUGGACACGCUCCUCUCCAGGGUGACCCCCACCUGAGAGGAUGCGGUGUGGUCCAGACACUGCCUCCUCGGUGAUGGAGCUGGAGAACCCCCCCUGGCAGAGCUCAGCCGAGACAGGGCCAGCCAGACUGCUGACAGUGAGGUCCCGAGACCCCAGAGCCCCAGCAAGGAAGCCUGUCCUCGCCCACAUGUGGGUUCCCCUGGGUGGUGGCAGGGGCUACCUCUCAGUGUAAAGUCACAGACAGCCGCCAGGGGCCCUGCUACUAUCCUUACCCUGUCCCUGACAGGGUCGGGGCCUUCCUGGGUAC